UUGAUGCUGAAAUAAAAUGUAGGCAAGUAAAUAAAUACUGUAUGUAUUUUUUCCUGAAAAAACUACAUGAAUUUCUUUACACACAAAUUUCAUAACAAAUAAUUCUUAUUUACUGAUUUCUAACAAGUUUUGUUGCAGUUAUUUUAAUACAAGAGUGAUAAAAGUUAAACUGAAUAUGCUAGUGCUGAAAAAAUGAAUUCUUAUUGUUCAUUAAAGAUAAUUAAAAGAAGGCUUGUCUCAUUGUCUUGUUCAUGUUUAGGAUGUUUAAAGAAAACUUAUUAUAAAACUCAUUUCCCUGUGUGUACAAAUCUUUAUUUCAACAAAUAUCUGAAAUUCAUUCAUAUUAAAAAAGUUACAUUUUGUCUCAAGAAUUUGAAAUAAUGAACAUUAUUUAUGAAAUAAUUGUAUAAAAAAUUAGUCUAUCUUGGAAAUCAACUGUUAUAUUUUUCAAAAAAUUUUGUAAUACUAAAAAAAGGAGGUAAUUCAGAAAUUAUUAUCAAUGCUAGUCAUUAAAAUUAUGGAAAAAAAGGUACUGAAGUGACAGCAAAAAUUUGCUUUCAACUUUCAACAGCCAUUUAAGAGGGUAAUAGAUAUGACAAAUGUUUAUUUGUAUAAAAGUAAAGAAGGGAGAGUCAUUAUAAUAGUUAAUUUGAAAUGUCAAAAAUAAACCAAUAAGUGAUAAAAAUACAAACGAGUUUUAUACUUAAUUUAGCUCAAAGUGUAAUUCUGAGACAGACAACAUUUUUCUGUUAUGCAAUAAAUACUCUUAUAUUGACUUCCAGCAACACCAAUCAGAAUAUAAUGAAAACAGACAACUAUUUUUGGUAAUGUGGUGACUCAUUUUGAUUGCAUGUAAGGACCAUAUACUCUCUGGACCAUAGUGCAAUGUGUAUCAAUGAUCUAAUAAAAACCCAUAAUAAUAUAACCCCUGUCAAUAUAACAAAAAUAAACUCUCGCCUUUGAUGUUAACUCCAUAACAGCUUAUCAAAUUUAAAUCAACAGAAUUCACAGGUCUUAACAAGUCCAUUUGGGAAAAAGACUUCAAGAGAUACUUUCUCUAAUAAAUGCUCAAUUUUCAGAGAAAGUUAUGUUGCUGAAAUGAUGUGACUUGUUUUCAUUCAUUAUACAUGUAAUGUUUUUCUUCCGCAGACAAUAUGCAAGUUUCACUUCCUAUUAUUCUUGAAUGAAAAUUGAUUUUGAAAGAGUCAAACAUUCACGCGAGAUUUACCAAUGAGAUUUGACACUGACUUCACCAUUCGGCAGGAGUCAAAAGCUGUUGCAGAUGGGACAAUGGCAUAGUGUACUGGUAUUUCAGGUACAACAAUAAUAAUGGAAAUUCGCACAUUUCGGGCAAUUAGUUUUCGGCGGCCAACAUGGUUAUAGAUUUGGUCCGUUUGGUGCAAUUUAUUAUGUAAUAACGCUCGCACUGUCUUUCCCAUCACUGCAUUCGGGUACAAUAGGAGCCAAAAAGUGCACUGCCUUUGCUGAGCCAUGGUUAGGUUGGUGCAACAGUCAUGUACUUCACUAUCCUUUGAUUGGUGCUGGUGCGGUAGGCUGGUGUACGACGGUAUGACCUACGUGUACCACAUGCUCAACAUUAAGUAAUCGAGUAUACAAAGGACUUGCCAUCAGACGCUUGACCAAAGUCUGGUCUGAUAGUGUAGGAAGAUUACGUGUGUUGUGCGUAAUGGUUCCAUUUGCGGGGAUAAUAAAUAGUUUAUAUUUUGAAAAUAAACUACUGGAUUUAUUUUCCAGUAUAUAUCCGAACAGGAUAAUGUGAAAUCACUACUUAAUGUUUUAAUACAAUAGUUUGUGAAACACCUUUUGUCGAUGGAACUGGAGGAGUGCCUGUAGACCAAUUAAACUCGAAUAACUGGCCUGACAACUGGCGAGUCAUUGCGACACGAUUGCAGCACCCACCACUGAAGCACCCAAGAGAAAGUGUCACUUGGACAGCACCAGGCAGGACUUCGGGGAAUGUUGUUCACGCUCUUUCGAGAUGAAAUGAAGAUGAUAUUCUUGGAAAGAACGGACAAUAUCUAGUGUACAUUACGUGUUGCUGACGGAAAUGUAUUUUGAAUGUUCAAAAAUAAACAUUUUAAAGUAUACUUUGUCUGAGACAUUAUUUUGGGUAUUCACGUAAAAAAAAACAAACAAUGGAUUUGAACCAUGCUUGAAAUGGCAGAAGAAGGAAUUUUGCAUAACAAUUCUACAAACAGCCAUGUGGAGAGAGAAGGGGAAGAUCAUAUGCCUAACUCUGCAGAGGAAGAAAGUAGUAAGCGAACUUGCUGGGUUUGUUUUGCCACUGAUGAAGAUGAUGCGACUGCUGAAUGGGUUCAACCUUGCAAUUGCAGAGGAACCACAAAAUGGGUUCAUCAAUCAUGCAUCCAACGAUGGGUUGAUGAGAAGCAAAAAGGCAAUCCUUCAGGAAAUGUGGCAUGUCCACAGUGUAAUACUCAGUAUAUAAUUGUCUUCCCACACAUGGGACCCAUUGUUGUAGUAUUGGACACUGUUGACAACAUAGUAUACAAAGUAUGCCCGUUUAUGGCAGCUGGAAUUGUAGUAGGUUCAAUUUAUUGGACAGCUGUCACCUAUGGAGCUGUGACUGUCAUGCAGGUUGUGGGUCAUAAAGAAGGAAUGAUGGCUAUGGAACAAGCUGAUCCAUUAGUUUUAUUAGUCGGUCUUCCAACCAUACCCAUCAUGUUGAUUCUCGGCAAAAUGAUUCAUUGGGAAGACACUGUUUUGGGCUUUCUCAGAAGACAUUCCUAUAAAGUUCCAAUUUUAAGACACAUUUUGCCAGCAGGGCCCAGUGAUGAGCGGCGAAGUAGUACUUUUGACUUCCCUCCCAUGGCUGAUCCCGUAUCAGCAACGCGUGUUCUUUGUGGAGCACUUCUUCUGCCAACCAUAGCAACAUUAGUAGGGAAACUUUUGUUUGACUCUGUUGAAUCUAAUUUGCAGAGGGCCUUUUUGGGUGGAGCUGCUUUUAUUGCAAUUAAAGGAUCAUUGAAAAUUUAUCACAAGCAGAAGCAGUUUGUCCGUCAACACCAACGAAAAAUUUUGGAUUACACGGCUUCCAACCGCAUUGCUACGUCUCGAAAUGCAGUAAACACUCAAUCGCCAACUCACGAAUCAAGAUAAAUUGUAUGGGAAAUUAGAAACUAGAAUAUUUGUUGCUGUGAAUAUUGACAAGCAAGACACCUUGUGAAUGGCAUAGACUGUCUGUGAUGAUUGUACAUAUAUAUUGUAUUCAUCUCUAUAUUGAGAUCUUUAUAAAAGACUUUUUGUUUUGAAAAAAAUAUAUUUAAAACAAAGAGAGCAGUAAUGAUGGUGUGAUGUACAAAUGUAUUAUAUUUAAAAAGAUUUCAUUUAGGAUUUGUGACAAUUUAGCAAUUUUGGUGCCGCAUGAAUUACUCAAGUUAAUGGGAAUAAUGGAUGGCCUACUUUCACUAUUGUCUUUGACAUAAUUGUGUACAAUAAGGUACCUAAUGAGAAUGUUUUCGCAUGCCUUGACAAGAUAUUUCUGUAAAGCAAAUGUGCUCAUCAGUUUCAAGGACUUCAGGCAUUUUUUGCUUAUGCACAUUACUUUAAUAUGUUGUAUUCAAUAUCUCUGACUCAGACUGUAUAGUAAGAACCUUCAGUGGAAUUCCCUUCAGUUGAAGACUUCAUACCAAUUUUAAUUUUUGUAUGAUUUUAAUACUUUUUCAAUAUUUAUGAAUGCUUGAAUUGAUUGGUUGAAUAAUUAAGUAUUUUGGAAUGUCAGUUUAAGAAGGCUGUAACAAGUUUGUUUUGUUCAAGUUUCAAAUAAUGUAUGUGUUUUGGAACAAAAUAUUCAAGAAUUUUUUUUGAAGGGUUUUUAAAUAUAUUGUUAAUUUAAAAAGCAGUUUGAUAUAAAUUUAUUUCUUUUAAUUCCAUUUGUUUUUAUCAAGAAACAAACAAGACAUUUUAAAUUUCAAUUGUAUUCCUUUAAAAGUUUUGGAUACAAUCUGUAAAAAUUAACAAGGAAAUACAAUGUAACUUGUGUAUCCCAAGGUUAUAUUUAUGAUAAAUGGUUAAUAUUAUACUUUUGUUUUUCAUUUUAAUUCAUCAGAGAAAUAAUGUUAAAGUUUAUGAAUAUUAAAAUCCACACUACUAUGUAGUGUUUUACAAUCCCAAAAGUCUAUUGAAGAAGACAUUGCAUGCUUAUGUUAGUAGCACUGAUGAAUUCCUUAGGAGAAAUUUUAUGUAUUUAGAAUUUUUUAAAGAGUCAUGUGAUGUUAUUCAUGUUAUAAUGUAUGAUAUCACUUUAUUAGAAGUAUUAUCAUUGUAAUAUGUCCUGUAAUUUGUAAUUACUGAGCAUAAAAUUGAUUUUCUAUUAAAAUAAUAAAUCCUUACCACGGUUAUUCCAUUGAGCUCUAAUUGUUGAAAGAUAAAAAGAAAAUAUUGAGGUACAUAUUCCCAGGAGAUUAAGAAGUAAACAAUACUACAAAUGCUGCAAUUAAAAUAUUUUAAAGGGAAUAAUGAAGUUGUAUCAUCUUGUAUUACCUUCUAUAUUUUAAUACCGUAUUUACCCGAAUAUAAGAUUCCUUGAUUUUGAAGAGGCUUCUACAGGUUUUUUAAAAUUUUUAACUAAUUCAUACUAUUUAGACAUAAAAUUGUCUAAUUGACUAGAAAUUAUCUUUUGCCUCUGCUAUCACUUUUCUUGUUCCUCAGAAUCAUUACUUGUGUCACUUCCAUCUUCACCUUCACAUGCAUCAUUGUUUUGUGUUUACAGGUCAGUCUUUUUCCCCCUCCUGAGAGUUUUGGGCUUCAAAUUUGUGUUCUGACUUCACCAUUCUCUUCCUCAUUACGAGAUUUUCUACCUGAGACACUUAUUCAUGAUAUCUGAUUAUGUAACAAUCAUUAACUUCAAAUUCUGAUACCAAUGUGAACUGCAAAUACGUACUUCUGACUCCCUUCUAUGAGUGAUGCCAAGAAUGUCCUUGAAUGAAAUUAUGUAUUACAGAUUUGUGUGAUAGUUAUCACUUUUACAGCUUAUUUUUGAGCUAAGUCACCAUUUGAGUUUCUUGAUACGGAAAGGCUGUGCAACAAACUCCAACCGUCUAGAUGUACUGUAAUCCAAGUUCCUAGUAAUCCAACUAACAAACCCCAUCUAGAUGUACUGGGAUCCAAGAUGACUGUAAUUUUUGGACGAGACGUUUGGGAAAAAAUCUAUUCUUAUGUUUGGGCAAAUGCGGUAUUGCUUGCUGUUCAAUAGGUCAGUUUGAUGCCAAACAUCAGAGUAGUCUCUAUGAAUGAUGUCUUUUAACAUAAAAAAUAUUGUUUAUUUGAUAUUUAUGUUCCAUUAAUGAUUUUUAUCAAUAUUUCAUAAUUUUUAAGAUUUAACUUACAAGAGUUUUGCAACAAAAAAUGUGGAAUCAAUUGAUCAUCAUACAAUAAAUUUUAUAAAUGAAAAGUGAAAUGAAUUUUUUUUAUAUAGCUCUGUUCAGAAGGCUGAUGCCAAAAUGUGCAGUAUGGAACAAAGAUGUUGAUUAAUUCUUACCAUUUGGUACUCCAUCAUGGCUUUUUGUUCUUAGAUUCAAGAACAUUGGGAAGUAAGACUGCCAACACUAACAUUUCAAAGGAAUACAGAUAUGUCAGUUACUUUUGCAUGUAUGGUGAUAGUAGAACUAAUCUGUUUUAAUUGACAUUCUUAUGGAAAAUGUAUGUUCUAAAAUUUGCACACCAAAAGUAAUGUGUCCGGCUAAACUGAUCUGAAGGAAGAUGAAAUGUUCUUUAUGCUUGUUAAGCAGGAUUUUCACUUGAGCAUUAUUAUUAAAUUGUUAAGAACUUUGUGCCUAA